AUCCCAACAUGGGCUCGUCUCAACGCCUGCACCUUUGCUGCACACUAUCCACGUUCGCAGCCAAUCACUCACCGCUGAAAUCCAGUCUGUCCACCGACUGAAAGAAAAGCAAAGGAGAAGCCUCGUUCAUGGCGCUAGGGCCAGCUGAGCUGCGCCAGCAUGUCGCGCUGUGCACGAACCUGCAUGCAGACUGGCUCCCUUGUUUUUGGCCAGCGCAAUCGCAGGUCCGGCGACGGUCUGCCCGUUGCUCUCACGAGCUUCCAGCAGGCGGCGGGUGAGGGAGACACCAUGCGCGGAUACGUGAGUCAGACGUUAUUCUGGCAGCCAGAACGGGAUUCAUGGUCGUUCGACUCGCCGGGUAUGGCGAGUGAGUGUGCGAGCAUGCGGAUGAGUCAGCGAAUGAGCGGGCGAGGAAGGACGGAGGGAGUGAGCGCAUGGGCGGAGGAAGGAGGGAGUGUGUCAACGACUGAGGGGAGGAAGGAGCAAGUGAGGGCGUGCGGGAGCGGAUGGCCGCACGAGCGACUGGCGGUGCGAGUCACCGAGUGAGUGCUUACACGAGGGAACGAGUCGUCACGUCGGCGAGGGUGCUUCAUCUGCAUCACGUGCGAAUGCCAGAGCCGUGAGCUGUUUGGGGAAAAGGUUGUCUAUCUGCGAGGUAAAGUACACGGAGCGGCUGCUACGCCAACGUCUUUUCCUGUAUCCUGGCCCGCGCCUUGGUCGCCUGUCUCGACUUCCAAAUCACAAAGCAGACGGCCAAGACGAAACCGAACACGACCAGUCGUUGCGAGCCCGACAGCUGCUCGACGUACGUCGUGUACACGGUUCCGGCUGGGAGAGGUUUGUCGUCGAGCUUUUGUUGCUGAUUUGACGGUGCGGCGUGAGAUGACGACGGGGGGAACGCCGG